AGGUAUAAAUGACGCGACGCGGACGCGAGCCGCGCAAGUUUUCGUAUUGCUCGAACAUGACACGUCGUGGCUCUCGUUCUCGCAUUCUGAUAUGCGCCUAUCUGGCGUUCGUCACCGUCGCACUCGCGGCCGAUCAAGAAAAAUGCGAUAAAACAAAGUGUCCGGGCCCAUUGGCAUAUUACGAGUCUCUCGGUUGUAGUCCGGUGUUUGCAAACGAGGGCGAUUGUUGCGCGACAAAAUAUAACUGUGAACAUCUGAAAGAGAAAUCCUCUACCAAGUGUUACGUCAAUGGAAAGGCGUACGAGAUCGGAGAGAAACUUAAGGAUGAGGAUUCAAAUCCUUGUGACAUUGGUUGCACCUGCACCGCAGGAUAUAGCACAGGAAUCGCCGAGUUCAAUUGCGCGAUAGUUGAUUGCUUCAGUCCACCAGUAAGACCAGGUUGCUACAGAAGGGAUUCCCCGUUAAAUUGUUGUCCCGGAGAGGAAGUUUGUCCUGAAAAGCCUGAAGCUAGAGCUGUUUGUAAUGUUGACGGAAAGGAAUAUAAAGAUGGAGAACACUUCAAAAUUGAAAGCGAUCCGGAUUUAAGUUGUAUAUGCCAACCGGGCUAUGAAGGGAAAAAUGUUGAACCUUUCUGCGCAAAGCCUAAGCGUCCGUAUUGCAGUCCCGAGUUCAGAAAUGCACACGACAUUAUUAAUAAUUGCCCUCCGGUUUAUUACUCAAGUCAAUCGCCACAGGCUGACUGCAGCGUGUUUUCGAGAUGCCAAAACGAUAAUGACACUGUUAUUCACAACGAGGACAACUCAAAGUCCGUCGACAAAACCUCCCAUGACGAAAAUGACGUUUGUCAUUUUGGCAAUACGGUCAUGCAUCGUGGCGAUGAGUUGAAUCAAGCUACAGACUACAGUUCUGUGUGCGUUAAAUGCGUUUGCGAGGUGCCUCCUUUGCCUACUUGUCAGCGUUUACCGGAUGAGGAAUGCGAUGUCACAAACCAUGCGCCUUUCAAUCAUUAAACAUUUCAAAAUCUGUGAUAAUGUGACCACUUCUGUUAUUUGACUCAAAAUUUUGUAGUAAAUUAGUACAUAAAUGUAAACACCUCUUUACAUAUGUGUCGUUCCAGUGUAAUUUGCAUUUCUUUUACUUGUAAUAAAAGGAUGUUUUUUCCGUACUGCACGUUAAAAAA